GGGCCCUUAGGGCAAAUAACAAACCACCUCCCUCUUCUCUCUCCUCCAGCUUUCUCUCUCUAAAAACUCUCCAAUGGCGACUGCAUCUGCUUCAUCUCAUCGCACCCGAACCCGCCCCAGUGGGCCGGUUCUCCGCUCUCUCUCACCUUCCGGAAGAUUCUACACCGGUUCUUCCAACGCCUCCAUCCAAUCCACCGCCUCCGGCUUCGCCUCCUCCACCAGCUCCAGCUUCUCCUCACCGUCCUCCGCCUUUUUCAACAGCCACCAGGACAACCACAGCCACUACAACCACAACGACUACCACCACCACCGCGCCGCUUCGCCGACACGCGUCAAUCUCUACACCUCCAGCGCGCUCUCCCCGGCCGUCCGCUUCUCCAUCGAGCACCGCUCCAUCUCCCCCAACCGAUCCAUCACUGUUUCCAAGAAGAACGGCCCGAUCGCGGCGGCGAGGAAGACGUGUAUGUGCUCGCCGACGACGCAUCCGGGUUCUUUCCGCUGCAGUCUUCACAAGAAUCAAGGGAGCUCAAAUCAGCAGCAUCACAAUCAGACGCCGUACCCGAACAACAGGCUGAACAUGCGCAGAUCUGCCAUGACGAACUCGCUGGUUCGAAUCAGCGGUGUCGAGGGCGAGUGGGUGAAGAGAGCUUUGACGGCUCUGAUUCGUCCGUCUUCGCAUCAGCAGCGGCGGAGGGCUGGGUUUCAGCCACGGCAGAGCCGCCUCUCGGUCAUGUCCAAGGCCGAUAGCUGAGUGAUGUUUUAUCUCUCUGGAUUGUUUUUUUGUUUUACAGAGCAGACACAGGUUGGUUAUUUUCUGGUCAUUUUCUCUAUUUUUCCGAUCUUAUAUUCCGGCGAGUCCAACAUCGUCGCACCAGAUCCGAAUCAGAUCCAAAGGCUUUUGCUCACUCCAGCUCAACUCAGACGAAGAAAUAUUGAAGCGGUGGCGCCGAGUCGACCCCGGCGAGCUUUGUGCUUCUGGAUGACUACUGCUACUACUGAACGGCACUGUGAAAAGAGAAACUCCAUAUUUGUACAGUUGAAAUGAUAUCAUUAGUUUUUGGAAAUUGGAAGCAACCAUUUUCGGAACCUUAUAAUCUAAAAUCCAGAAAUCUUCAAAACUAAAAUCUAAUCAAGAAAGAUCCAUGAUCAAUUUCAUUAA